AUGUCUGGCUCCAUAACACCCGUACCCAUGAAUGGCGCCAUUCAAACCAUCGACUCCCCUCUAGUUCCCGACUCCGACUCGACACUCUCCUCGGACGAUGGAGACAAAUACGACACCCGCUCCUUGACUGACAGUAUCACCGACUACCCCGUCUACUGGGGUCGAAGAUAUCAUCGAUACAAAGAAGGAGCCUACCUCUUCCCCAACGACGAGAACGAGAAUAACCGUCUUGACAAUCAGCAUGAGAUCCUCAACCAACUGCAUGGCCGGCUGUUUUUUGCGCCCCUCAACGCCGACAACGUCCGCGUUGUCCUCGACUUAGGCACCGGCACCGGCAUCUGGCCCAUUCAACUGGCCGACUCGGAACUGCUGCCGAAUGCGACCAUCACGGGCACCGAUCUGUCCGCUGUCCAGCCUCUCGACGUGCCCGAAAAUGUCCAUUUCGAGAUCCAGGACUGUUCCGAGGAGGAUUGGGUUCGUCCCUACGGCACCGUGGAUUAUUGCCAUGUGCGCUUCAUGGCCGGCUCUCUCACUUCGUAUCAGGAUCUCAUUCGGAACGCCCGCAAGUACCUCCGCCCCGGCACCGGCUGGCUCGAAUGUCAAGAACUCCAUCCACAACCGGUGUCCGACGACAACACCAUCCCCGAAGACUGGGGUUUGAAGAUCUGGGACGAGCAUCUGGAGUAUGCCUCGACUCAAUCUCUCUACCCAGCUCGACCGGUGCGGGUCGCCGCCGACAUCAAGACUUGGAUGGAAGCAGCCGGCUACGUCGACAUCCACGAACACAUCUCCAAGAUCCCGCUAGGACCAUGGCCGAAAGAUAAGCGCUUGAAGCGAAUUGGCGACUGGUGGUUGAACAACUGGCUGGCCGGUCUCCAAGGUUUCACCUACAAAUUGUUCAGUAACGAAGGUUUGAGGUGGAGUCGCCCGGAAAUCGAGGUCAUGUUGGCCGAUGUCAGAAAGGCCGCUGCUAUGAAGGAGGUUCAUUCCUACCAAAGGCAUUAUGUGGUGUAUGGUCGACGACCAACUCAACAGGAGGAAGAGGACAUGUUGUUUCGCCGUGGUCACGGUUGA